CCCAGCCGAACGGAACCGAGCCGACCCGAGCCGAGCCGAGCCGGAGCAUGACGACACGGGCCGGCGGACCGACCGACUGACCGACCGAGACGGAGCGACAGGCGGAGAGGCGAGUGGGGGUGGGUGGGUGACAGUGCUGAGUGACAGACGGACAGAGACACAGAGACGGACAGAAACACGGCGGUACGGAGACGCAGAAACACGGAAACACAGACAGGCUGACGGACAGCGGACGCUGGAGUGAAGUCAGAGACCGAGACCGAGAGCCGGAGGCGAGAGAGAAGAGAGGAGAAGAGGAGAGAGGGAGAGAGAGAGAGAAAUCACUGUGACGAGAGGUUUCAUGUCGAGGUUUUGAAAUGAGUGACAGACCCAGACGGACAGACCCGCCAGCUCGCCAGAUAGCAGGAAUGUCGAGUCUCGGUGAGGGAGACGACGUGCUGGCGCGCUGGAGCGACGGACUGCUGUACCUGGGCAACGUCAAAAGAGUGGAUGAGGUCAGACAGUGCUGUCUUGUGCGAUUUGAAGACAACUCCGAGUUCUGGGUCCUGAGGAAAGAUAUCCACUCCUGUAAGACACAGAGAUCUCUUGUGCCAUUAUUUUGGUAUACUGUACUGUCCCAGUGGAGGGGUGCGUUUUGUGCUGGAUCCUGCUGUUCUGUGCUGGGCUGGGCUGUACUGGUGCUGUGGCUUCUCUCUCUGUGCAGGUUCUACCACUUCGACUGCUCUGUCUGCACCACGGGGCCAGAGGCUGUGAGCAGACUCCCCAUGAGCUGGGUGGACCUGGCCCACCUGGUGCUGUAUCACUUGUCCCUGUGCUGCCGGAGGAAGUACUUCGACUUCGAGAGGGAGAUCCUGUCCUUCGCCAACGAGAACUGGGACUCCCUACUGCUGGGGCCGCUCUCAGACACGCCCAAACAGGAUCGCUCUCACAACCUCCUGAACGCUCUGACCUCCCAUAAAGACAGGUUUGUUUCUGGGAAGGAGAUUAAGAAGAAGAAAUGUCUGUUUGGGCUCCAGGUCCGAGCCCCGCCUCCCCUGACCUCCGACCCUUCACCUCUCACCCCCGAUCCACCUGCCAUCAUCUCACACAAGGGUCUAACAACACAGACUCGGAGGAGUUCUCCUCCGAAGAGGAUGUUUGCCUCCUGUCACCCCUCGUCCUGCAGAGGACCCCCUGACACAGGUUCUCUGCACCACUACAGGUGA